AACUGAAAGUCAAUAAUGUAUUACAAUAAUAAAUCAACUAGUAAAUGUUAAAUAGUUAAAGUAAUAUCUUUUCAAUAAAUGGAUUAAUUACUUUUAAAACUGUACUCUAUAGUGCAAUUUGUGUUGUCAUAGAAACAGCUUUAUGUACACAAACGUAAUAAAAAAAAACUUUUUUUUUUGUAACGUUAUCGCUAAAAUCACAUAAUUCUCUAAUUCAUACAAAAUAAAAAGUAAUUUUUAUUAAAAUGGAUUCAGCUCAUAUUAAAAGUAAGUACAAUACCUAUGACAGUGAAAUUUUCUCGCAAUACGAUUAUCACUUGGAUGGAAUGAAAGAAGAUGCAGAGGAAAUUCUUAGGCAAACAUUAAGGUCAUCUUAUAGUAGAAGAACAUCAAUGACUACCAAGACUCCAACGGGACUUCCAUUGCCUUUUACUACAACUCCCCAAAUAAAAGAUCCACAAGCACUGAUGUUGAGACCAAGUAGUUCAAGGAGCGGAUCUGAAAUGUCAAAUAGACCAGCUACUGCAAUAAGGGGUGCAGGUUAUACGUCACAUUCAUCAGCGAGUUAUGAUGUUCUUAAUCAACCAUCGAGAACUUUAACCGUUAUGCCUGAACUUAACAAAGAAGAAAGAAUGGAAGAUAAAAUAAAAAAACUAGAAAAACGCAUUCACGAUUUAGUAGACGAAGCUUGCUUGGCAAAUGGUGAUCCAAAAUUAGGUUUGGAGAAAGCUAAAGAUGCAUCUAAUAAAGAAAGAAGUCUCAUUAGAAUGCAAGAGCAAGCUGGGCUAAAUGAUUCGCACAAUAUCGAUUUGACAUUUUUGGUUCUAUUUACAUUGGGUAACCAGUACGCGGCUAAUGAGAUGUACAUCGAAGCUCUGAAUACUUAUCAAGCAAUAGUAAAAAAUAGAUACUUCCAAAAUGGAGCUCGACUUCGUGUAAAUGUGGCUAAUAUAUACGUGAAAAUUGGACAGCCCGAAAAAGCAAUAAAAAUGUAUAAAAUGGCAUUGGAUCAAGUUCCUAAUACUAACAAGAGUUUUAAAAGAGCAAUUACUCACAACAUAGGUAUAGUAUUAUUAAAGUUAGAAAAAUAUGAAGACGCUUGUUCAAAUUUUGAAUACAUUAUGCAUGAAAAACCAGCUGUAAAACCUUGUUUUCACGCAAUUUUAUGCUACUACAUGUUAGGGAAUAAAGAAAAACUAAAAAUGUUAUUCAAACAAAUGUUGGAAAUCUCUUUAGAUGUAGAUUUUGAAGACAAGUAUGCGGCACAUUUGGAUGACCCUGAAGCAGCUUUGCUAGCAGAAGCUAUUAAAUCAGAUGAGUUAACUUUAUAUGAAAAACGAUUAAAACAGAAUUUUGAAAAUAUUGUUUUAAAUGCAGCACAUCUAAUAUCAUCAGUAAUCGAAGAAACGUUUAACGAAGGUUAUUUGUGGUGUUUAGAUAUCAUUAAAAGUUCAAGAUAUUCUUAUUUGGCUGGUCAUCUGGAGAUAAACAAAGCCGUUGGAUUUUUAUAUCAAAAUAAUAUCGAAUUGGCAGUUGAUACUUUAAAAGCUUUUGAUAAUAAAGAUAGUAAAGUGGCAAGUGCGGCUGCUACCAAUUUAUCGUUCAUUCAUUUCCUAAAAGGUGAUUUAGAACAAGCUCAUAAAACUUCAGCAGCAGCACAAGAUGUUGAUUCUUUGAAUGCCUUAGCUUAUGUCAAUCAUGGUAAUUGUUAUUAUGCCAAAGAAGAUUUUUAUAAAGCUAAAGAAUUAUACACAAGGGCUUUGGACCAAGAUCCAUCAUGCUCGGAAGCAGUUUAUAAUUUAGGAUUAGCUAACAAACAGCUCGGUCUUAUAGAUGAUGCCAUUGAUUGUUUUCAAAAACUCCACGUGGUUAUUAGCAAUCAUCCAGAAGUUAUUUAUCAGAUUGCAUCGCUAAAUGAAAUGAUUGGUGAUUCGGAACAGGCUAUUGAAUGGUAUUUGCAACUUUUGAGUAUAGUACCGGACGAUGUAGGUGUUCUACAAAGGCUUGGUGAUAUUUAUGAAAAUAUCAAUGACAAGCAACAGGCUUAUCAUUAUUACUACGAGUCAUAUAGAUAUUACCCUUCUAAUUUGGAAGUCUUAGAUUGGUUAGGAGCAUAUUUUGUCGAAAUGCGAGUACCAGAAAAAGCUAUAGACUACUUCGAACAAGCGUCCUUAAUGCAACCUGCUGAACCCAAAUGGUUGAUGUUAAUUGGAUCUUGUUAUCGUCGUGUUGGCAAUUAUCAAUUAGCUUUUCAAACUUAUAAAGACGUGUUAAGAAAAUUUCCAGAUAACAUUGAGUGUUUGAAAUUAUUAAUAAGGAUAUGUACAGACUUGGGUCUUAAAGAAGCUUCCGAAUACAGUGAAAUGUUAAGAAAAACGGAGAAAACCAAAGAUAUCAGGGAACGUAUAAGCACAGCACGCACUACUUAUCGCAAGACAAUGGAAACAAGAGGUGGUACAGGAUUAGCAACUUCAACAAUUUUAAAUAAAAGUCAAAUUGAGUAUCCCCAAAAACAAAACAAAACAGGAGAAACAAAUAUUUACAUUCAUGAUGCAUCAAAAAAUGAUGAAAUUUCUCAACGUCCCAGAACUGCAAGGGGAGGAACACCUAUGGUUGGAUCAUUAACGCCAUUGAUAAGCAAGUAUGUUCAAAAUGGCGAAAGUGAUAUUAAUUUGUAUGAAAGAAAUAAUACAAUAGAAACAUAUGAUGAUCCAAUGGGUCCAAUACAAAGACCGCUUACAUCAACAACUAGACCAAUUACAUCUUUAGAAAAAGAAUUUGAAGAUGAAGAAGUCGUAGAUCUCUUACCAGAAUAAUAAUAAAAUACUAAAAUAUUAA